AUGAUCCCAAUUGGCUUACCCUCAACGUGGAUCUGUUCAAGGUGUAUCCGGAAGACUACUAGGAUAUUACCAGCAAUCCCAACUCCAUAUUUUCACUCAGUUCUGCGCCGAUAUUCAACUAAUGGAGCUCAGUCGUCAGAGUCCGCUGUGGAUCUGGACAGAGUUCGGAAUAUUGGGAUCAUUGCUCACAUUGAUGCUGGUAAAACAACAACAACAGAGCGCAUGCUUUAUUAUAGCGGUGUUACCAGAAGGAUCGGAGAAGUUGAUGAUGGGUCCACUGUGACCGAUUUUCUUCCGGCUGAAAGAGCUCGAGGCAUUACAAUUCAAUCGGCUGCAAUCACAUUCGAUUGGCCUCCACGACCACCAGAAGAACAUACAACACCAACACCUGAAGAGCUAAAGGCUAGAGGACUUCCCAGAUCAGCAGUGUCACAUACCAUCAAUCUUAUCGACACCCCUGGUCAUGCAGACUUUACGUUUGAAGUUGUACGCUCUCUCCGGAUCCUCGAUGGUGCGGUCUGCAUUCUAGAUGGAGUAGCAGGAGUUGAAGCGCAGACAGAGAAGGUCUGGAACCAGGCCUCAACAUAUCAUAUCCCUUGUAUUGUGUAUAUUAAUAAACUCGAUCGCGAAGGAGCUGCUUUUGGGAAAACUGUGCAGGAAGUAGGUUCGAAACUAGGCUGCUGGCCUGCCGUCUGUCAAAUCCCGUGGUUCGAAUCUGCUUAUGGCCGGUUCCAGGGUGUUGGUGACGCGAUUUCUCUCCAAGGUCUCCUUUGGGAGGAAGGUGGCGAUGGCAAGAAAAUUACAGUGUCCAACUUGGCCACGCUAGAGGAAACGGAUGAGAUAUUUGCAAGCGAAUUGAAGAAAGCGCGGGUCGCACUUGUCGAGCUUCUAAGCGAGCACGACGAAACGAUGGUUGAAAAUUUCUUGGAACGUAAUGAGGACCAUCUAGCUGUCAAACCAAUUGAGAUUUUGGAGAGUCUUCGAAGAUCCCUUCUCGGUUCAAAGAAGACAAGAGUCAUGCCUAUCUUUGCGGGCGCAAGCUUCCGAAAUAUCGGCGUUCAACCUCUGCUUGAUCAAAUGCUGAAUCUCCUUCCAAGUCCCAACGAACGGCCGGACCCAGAAAUUAGCAUCGGCUCCGGUAAAGGGGGCCUGAAAAGCCUAUUGAAUGGGAACCUCAUUUUGCAAGAAAACAAGAAGGUUGCAACGAAAAAGAAGAAAGAGAAAAAUGUUUCCGGCUACUCGGCGGCCCAAACAGCCCUUGAAAAGCUUGAGGGAUGUUCUCUUGCUUUUAAGGUAGUGAGCGAUGCUAAGAGGGGUGUUUUGGUUUAUGUUCGGGUGUAUUUUGGUUCCAUUAACCGAAACGCAUCUCUAUUUAACACACACCUUAACCUAUCAGAACGGGCUCCUCGGCUUCUAAAAAUGUAUGCUUCGGAAGCAGUGGAAGUGCAAUCAAUCCCAGCGGGGCAUAUCGGCGUUAUAGUUGGACUGAAAUAUGCUCGAACCGGCGAUACACUACUUUCAUAUGCAGGAAAUAAGACUGCUCCCCCAGAGCCGCUCAAUAAACUACAACUACGCCCGAUACCUGCUCCACCACCGGUAUUCUUUACGAGCCUUGAACCUCACAGUCUAAGCGAGGAAAAGAACCUUCAUGAAAUGCUAGCAUUGGUUUUACGAGAAGAUCCUAGCCUCCAUGUUACAAUUGAUGAGAACUCUGGUCAAACUCUGUUGAGCGGGAUGGGUGAAUUACAUCUUGAAAUCGCCAGGGACAGGCUAAUUAAUGACUUCAAGGUCAAAGCUUCUAUGGGCCAAAUUGAAAUUGGUUAUCGCGAAUGCAUAUCAGGGACCUCGGCCUCAAUAACCAAAAUCUUCGACAAAGAAAUUGCGGGCCGGAAGGGAAAGGCGGGUUGCAUGGUGCUUGCUGAACCCUUCAAUCCCGACGAAUUGGACGAGGAACAUCUCGAAGCACAUGAAAACGUUCUUCUUGACGAAAAACAAGAUGGAAAUCGCAUCACAAUACUCGCCCCGGGCCUUAUCUCCAACAGCGGUAGUUCCAAAAACACGAAAAUCUCCGAAAACCUCUUUCCCAGCCACCUUAAUCUUGCCGUGAUAAAAACAUCCCUAUACAACGGCUGCAUUGCUGCGUUAUCCCGCGGCCCCAAAAACUCCUUUCCCUUACACAACACACACGUAACGGCCACAUUCGAUAUAAACACUCAUUUUUUUGGAAAUGAAACUACCCCGUCAGCUCUAUCCGCUGCUGCACGCCUUGCCACUCAAACUGCCCUUAAGGAGGUGGCAUCAACAGUCGCGCUUAUGGAGCCAGUCAUGCAUGUAACCAUCAGUGUCCCAGACGCUAAUAUGGGCGUAGUUGUGCAUGAUAUAUCAUCAGCUCGAGGUGGUCACAUUCUGUCCCUCGAUGAAGACAUCGAGACCUCUUCCUCAUCAUCACCCAUGUCAAAUGAUGAUGACCUACCCCCUAUUGAUGUAUCCAGGAUCUAUGUACCUCCCGACCAAUUUGGAUCCUCAUCGAUCGCUGCUACUAACAAUAACUUGAAUAAAAUGCGGACUAUAACUGCUAAGGUGCCACUAAAGGAAAUGUCUGCAGAAGCUGCUUAA